AUGAUCGAGAAAAUUUUAGGCGUUAUAGCCUUAUCUCUCGGGAAAAAAGCGACUGUUUAUGCUGUCGGAAGGGUGAGUACCAUCUAUCCUUAUUUUAAACAGUCUUAUGAUCAUUGCUUCCCCCGAUUCGUCGUGAAGUGUCGCGUGCACCUCACCUUGAUCGAUACGGUUGCUGAAUUCACCAUUUGAUAUAUUUCCCGUUUGCUAAAAAAACACAAAACCUUGUGUCAUUAGGUAGUUUAACAAUUACUUAAAGAAAUGGCUGAGUGUUUUUGUCUUUGCGGAGUAUUAAAUGAAAGGGGUUAAAAGGUUACUUUCAUUUUUGGAAGGAAUUUUAUAAUUGUGGUGAUGUAAUACUGGCUAUUUUUUACAGAGGCUAUAAGUUAAGCUUAUGUGUAUAAAUACUGAGGUUUAGUUCUAAUAUUCAUUUUAUACUGGUAGAUGCCAUUGGGGUUUUUUUUCAGCGGCUGGGAAUACAAUUUUUUAUCUGACGAAGAAACUCGUUGAAAUCUGGGCUGAACUGUAAGAUAUUCAGACAUGUAGUUUAAAGACAAUUUACAUGUAUCAGUCAGAUCAAAGUAUGAAAAUUAAAAGAUGUGGCACACCAAUAGGAAACAGAGCUGGAUUGUGAGGAGAGCCCCACUAGAAUAAUGAAGUUUCAUUUUAAUGGGAGCAGUUGAGCCGUUUAAAAAAAAGUUGCCCUGUUAUUUGUGCUUGUAACAAUACUGGUAACCAUGCAAGCCUGUUCUUCUUUCUUCUUGCAAGUAAAGUAGAUGCGGUAUGAAAGUAGGAUUUUCUUUAACAGGGCAGGAGAAAACCCAUGUCCAAUUGCAUGGGGCAAGUAAAUUUUGAUCUUGGGCAAAUGAAGAUAGCAGUUUGGUCACCCAGUCAAUUUCGUUCCCAAACAGGACAAGGGUAGCGCAGACUCUUGGAACGAGAUUGGUCGCCCAGUGGGCAAUUGAUUGUGUAACACUGUCUGAAAGUGUCAGCUUAGUAAAUGAUAAUUUCCAGACAGAAACUAUUUCAAAACUGAAGACUGCAAGAUGAGUGGCGCAAUUAGUUGAAUAUGAAUUUUGUUACUCCUGCAAUCACUAUAUUGAUCAAAUCCAGUAGUUUCUCUGUAUCUGACACAGCAUUGAAGUACUAGUAGUUUUAUACACUUUGUUAUAACCUAUACUACAGGGUCUGAAAUUAACUUUUUAAUACGAGCACCAACUGGCGAUCAAGUUAACCUGAGAUCAGGCUCUAUUUUCGUUUUGCUUUGUUAAUAACAUUACGGCGGGCAUGGCGAAAUGAAAAGAGAGCCUGAUACAAACCUUCUACAAAACGUCUGCCGCCCACUUUUUUGAUUGAUUGACAUUUGCCGAAUCAGCCAACCAAAAUUGCUUCCGUUGCUUGUUUUUCUAGUAUGCAAAUUUUUCAAGCGUGGGAAAAAUGCAGACUGGCUGACUUAAAAAAUAGCUUUUAUCUGUUAAUUUUUUCAGCUAAAAAUAAAACAGUCAGCACAAUCACAUUUAACUUCUUACGAGAUUAAGGGGGAUCUCGAAGGUUAUUUCCGUUGGCGUAGAAGGCAAAAUGUUUUCGAAAAGACGGCGACAUGAUGUUCUACUAGUUUUAUUAUUUUUGGCUAGGCGCGCUCAAAUUUAAAAUACUGAAAUUUCUAUUUUUCCGUUGCCUUAAUAUUUUCCUUGGCAAUUUCCCCCGAUUUUCAGUACAUAAAUCUUUAAAAACAAAAGCAAACAGCCAAUGAGUGAGGACACCAGUUUUCCUGGUUUAUUUUUUACAAAAAGUGAAGGCAAAUAACCAGUCUGUUAACACUGAAAAUUCCUUGAACAGCGAUGCAAUAUUUUUCGUCUAAUACUUCACAGUUGGCGAUUGAGGUUUGUUUCGCAGUGAGCCUCCGCUUGCGCACCCUGUUCACCCCGGCUAAACUUUCAAAUGAAACCAGUUUUAAGAUGGACAGUAUUUUGAUUUGCACCCGUUUGUUGAUAAAUCAAAAGGCACCUUGUUAGCAGUCAACAACUUGCAGAGGGAUUCAACUCCGCAAUACACUCACUUUCCGUCAAUAAAGCAAAUCCUGAGAAGGUAUGAACAACCAUAUGAAUUUUCUGAAUUUCCAUGGCACAUAUUAAGGCAUAUUUUCCUACCACAAGACCAUAAAACAAUAAAAAAGACAGCAAAAUCGAUCCUUCUCUUCGCCGACAACGGAUCAUUCAUGAAAACAACCACGCAAGGAAUAAGAGCUUUCAACUUGCGGCGUUUCCGACAGCCAAGCAGAUCUUGUGGCAUUUUUCUAACAGCCAAUCAGUGUUACGGCCAAAAUCUAACGAGCACAAACGUGAAUGAGUUUGUAUCAGGCCCAAUUUCAGCCGUAGCCAUUAAAGAGAAUGUGUGAGAACUGCUCAAAUUGGGCCUGAUCUCAGGUCACGAUCAAGUAUAAAUUUUUGGUCGCCAGAGGGCAAAUUGUGGUCGCCAAAAAUUUCCCCUCCCUUUCAUUAAAAUAAAAAUUUAAAACAAAUAAAAAAGCAUGGUAGGGACGUUUUUAUGCUAAAAAAUUCCACUACUUCCGCUUAAGCAGCCCGUACGUGUAUGAGUGAAGUCUAACUUUUUCCACAAAUUACUUUUUGGAGAUAAAAAGCUAUCUGACCUAGAAUGUAGGAACAGAAAGCUACUGCCCUUGACUGUACUGAUCAUAUCAAAAGGCUAUUUUCCUCUGAUAACUACCAUGAAACAUGAAACAUAAACACAAGUCUGCCAUGUUGCUCAAGCCAGGCCACAACCAUGGAUAUACGGGUAGAGUAUAAUUCCACAUACACAACGUACUUACUGUAUUUCAGCUGAAAACAACAUGGCGGCUUUGAAACAUUCAGCGUAUAUUGAUCAUAGCUGUUGUGGAGGUAUUUUUACACGAAGAUUCGUUGGCAAAUAGCUUCGAGGUUUCAAUUCUUAAUCAUUUUCUCUGAACGGGAAAGUCCACAAUAACAACCAGCUUUACAAGUUGCCAGCUGGCGACCAGCUAUGAAAUUGUGGUCGCCGGUACUGAAUUUUCAGUCGCAUUUGGCGACCAGGAAGGUGCAAUUUCGGACCCUGUAUACCCUGUUACAGAAAGUACCUUAGAACUAUAGAGGAUAGGACAUUGUAUUACCUUUUGGCAAGUAAUAUUUCAGUAGAGGCAAUUGAGAACUGAGUGGGCAAGUGGAUUUCAAUUUUUUUUCCUACCCUGCAUAAGCUCAUGCAAGUGGCAAAAAUUGAAGUUCUAGUUGUCUUGAAACUACCAGCUACUUACAGAUUUCAAGUAUUUUUCUUUACACUUUGUUUGAAGACCUGAUAAAUACUUGAAGAUGUGCAAAAAUCAAUGUGUGGUAGUGAUGGACAUCCAAAUAUUUCUAUUGUUACAGAAAAAACCACACAUAUUUCCAGAUAUUUCAUGUAAUAAUUAUUAACCUCUUUCUGGAUGCUAAGUGCAUAUUUGUUGUAUGAGGUUCUUUUGUAGUUUCCUCUUGCAUGCUACUGAAUAGGAUCCCUUAGGAUUUAAAACCACUUUCUGUUUUUUUUUUUGACUGACCAUUAAAUACAGACGAACCUCCAUGUGCAACCACCUUCCUAGAACACCAAAAAUGUUUUCAUUCAAAGCCUUUUAAUGGACCCUCUCGAAAACAACCACCUCCCGUAAGCAACCACGACUACUUUUACAGCUGACAGUUAUAGAAUUUUCUAUGGUUUUCACCCUUCGGUAAGCGACCACUUGACAAAUGGUCUUGCUAAACAGUGAAGUACAUUGUAAAAAUGGACCAAAAGGAAUUUAUUCUUUGGCUGUCAUUAUUGUCUAUACAUCUAUUACUGUUUUUAUUAGUUCAAUCUAUAACAACAAUAUUAACCAUUACCCUUGAGAAUGAGACUUCCAGGUUUCAGUUUAAGAAGUUAAGUUUUUGUUCAUCAGACGUUUUAGGCACAUUCCUGUACAAGAAGUUACGUACACAAGGGUAGUGUUGGUAGAUAAAGGCACCAGAGAAAAACCAAGGACAAAUAAUAUAUUAUAGUGAAACAUCUUCUGUAUUGAAUUAAACUAUGGAUUGCUAUGCAAGCUGAAAAUUAGAACCUGCAGUGGGUAAUGAUAAAGAAAGCAGGUUGUCCUGUCUGAGAAAGUCAUUUCCAUAAUAAAUUGUAACUUUUUAAUAAAAGUAAAUAGAGUAGAACCCUAGCAACCUGAACUCUGAAGGGAAACAAACAACAGGGCAAGUUAGCAGUGAAUUCAAAAUAUGGGGUAAAUUUCAGUGAAAUUUUGAUCAAGGAAAGGGAAAUUUAGUUUGAGUUAGCAGGGAAUUCAAGUUAUUCGAGUUCGAGUUAUCUUCUGCUGUAGUAAGCUUACAUGGAACAUCUCAUGUGCAAAAAAUAAUCUCUAAGGAAUGUGCACGCAUACACAUGCUUAUACUGUAAUUAUGUAUUUUUAUUUUGAAGUACUAUGGAUUUCCACGACUUUAUAGAAGAUUUGCAGAAUUUAACCGAAGAGUAACCUCAGACAGACAGGUCAUUAGAAGGCAACAAGAAGCCAUGAAAUUUGUAUUUAGAAUUCCAAACAAGAUUGUAGCAUAUUUCAGGUAG